GAAACUUCAAACCAUACUGUUUUAAACUUUAAAUAUUUUAGGAGAGAGAAGUAACCAGAAAAAAAAGAUGAAUUCUAACGGAAAAUCUGUGCUCAUCGACGUUGAGCCUGGAGAUGAAAUCGUAAUUUCCGGGAUUGCCGGUAGAUUUCCUGAUACUGAUAACAUGAAGCAGCUCCAAGAGAAUUUAUUUAAAAAAGUAGAUCUUGGUUCGGAUGACUGUCGACGUUGGCAACAUGAACAUCCAGACAUACCAAAACGAUCAGGAAAGGUUAAUAAUAUCGAGAAAUUUGAUGCGGAAUAUUUUGAUGUACCUUUCAACCAA